UUUGUGUAGAAAAAAAAAAAGGAAAUGAAAAAAAAGUCGUCUUGUUUCGAAGAGAAAGAUGGGAACCUUAACAACAUAGUCUUUGUCUUUUGCUUCUUUAGCAUUCAAUUCUCUCAUUUCUAUCCUCUCCCCUCAAUUCCCUACCGACUGAACCCCCUCUCUCUCUCUCUUCACUUUCUCUCUCUAUCUUUUGUAUGUAUGUAUUGAUUAUAUAUAUAUAUAUGGUGAUAUGAUAUUUAAUUUUAUUUUUAAAAAAAUAAAGUGAGGAAAAAUAUGCAGAAAGCAGUUCGAGGGGUGCAUUAAAUGGCACUAGUACUACUAUAUGGGUUUUGCCAACAAUAAUUCAUACACAUCAGAUCACCAAGAAAUUCAAGAACGAAGCUUCUUGAUUUAAUUUUUCAUGGAUUCCAAUAAAGGCAGCAUCGGUAACAAAGAAUUGUCGUCGCAACAAAAUCAAAUUCAUCAUCAUAAUAAUAAUAAUAAUAAUAAUAAUAAUCAGAUUUCGUUCGGGACUAUGAUGCACUUGUCUUCGUCAUCGUCUUCAUCCGCCAUUAAUCCCGGAACCUUCAACAUAAGCAACGACGGAGGGGCGUACGACUUGGGGGAGCUGGAUCAAGCUCUUUUUCUGUAUCUUGAUGGUCAAGAUCAUCAUCACUCAGCUCAAGAACAUCGACAAAAUUCAGGGAUGAGACCACACACACUGAACAUUUUCCCAUCACAGCCCAUGCAUGUAGAGCCAUGUGCAACAACAUCAUCAAAGCGUGCAAGUGGGAGUGGAUUGGUUUCGUCUCCGGCUAGCAGUGGAUCGAAGAGAUCAUCCGAGCCGUCGAUGGAGCUAUCUAACUCUAAUAACCCUAGAAAAGAUGUUGCUUCUGCUCCUCAACAAACCAAAGCAGUUAAGCGUGAGGGAAACCGAAAAGGGCCUACGUCAAGUUCGGAGCAUGAAGGACCGAAAACACCGGACCCGAAAACUUUGAGGAGGCUUGCUCAGAAUAGAGAGGCAGCUAGGAAAAGCAGGCUGAGGAAAAAGGCUUAUGUUCAGCAAUUAGAGUCAAGUAGGGUGAGGCUUACUCAAUUGGAGCAAGAAUUACAAAGAGCAAGAUCCCAGGGGUUUUAUUUAGGAGGAAAUGCUAUUUUACCAGGAGAACAAGGAGGCCUUAAUCCAGCUGCUAUGGGGAACAUGAGUGCAGAUGCCGCCAUGUUUGAUUUAGAGUACGCCAGGUGGCAGGAGGAGCACCACCGCCUAAUGGUGGAGCUCCGGAACGCUGUCCACGAACACCUACCGGAAAACGAGCUCCGUAUCUUCGUGGACAACUGCUUAGGCCACUACGACCAAGUGAUGAAUCUCAAGAGCAUUAUCGCGAAAUCCGACGUGUUCCACCUCUUCUCCGGCAGUUGGAAAACCCCCGCGGAGCGUUGCUUCAUGUGGAUGGGUGGUUUCCGGCCAUCCGAGCUCAUCAAGAUAAUAUUGAGCCAAAUAGAGCCAUUGACAGAGCAGCAAUUGAUGGGAAUAUGCGGGCUGCAACAGUCGACGCACGAAGCGGAAGAAGCGUUAUCGCAAGGGCUCGAAGCACUAAACAGUUCGCUCUCGGAAACGAUAACUUCGGAUUCACUCACAAUUACACCUAACAUGAACAACUACAUGUCUCAAAUGGCUCUUGCCAUUAACCAACUCUCCACCCUCGAAGGCUUCGUUCGACAGGUACAUAAUACUUACGUUUUUUCGAACGAAAUUCUGACGACCCGUCAAGCGGCAAGGUGUUUUCUGGCGAUCGCCGAGUACUUCCACCGCCUCCGCGCACUCAGCUCCCUCUGGCUGGCACGGCCACGCCAAGAAUGAGGGGUAGAAAGGGAAAGAGAAAAAAAACACUAGCCAACGCCUUCACAUAUAA